UACAGUAUAUUAUCAACACUCUGCAUCUAUGGAACUGGACUGGGGAUGCUGAACCGCAUCAAGGGAACAAGAUUGAUUCAAAUGUUAUCCUGUUGAAUACGUCCAUAUUCUCAAUCUAUCGGCAAUCAAGGUGAAACUUUUAGAGAAAGUAGGUGAAUCAAGUGUCUGGUGCGCAAAACUUUUUUUUUCUGACGGGGCAAAUUGACCUGAUCCCGCUGCAACCAGCUCGCCGAGGAGAGAAGAGCGCUCGCCUUUCUCCCAGCCCAGUGGAUUGUAGCAAAUUCUAUUGUGAUGCUAAAAUGAGGUCGUAAGAGGGAGAGGGCUGACCAACGAUCAGAAGUGAAGCUAUCCACGGGAUUUCUGCAAAAUCCAUUUGAAGUUAACAUUUUUUCGUUUGUUCCAUCCAUUUAAUGUUUGUGGAGCGUUUAAUUUUCACCACUUGUUGUUGACUGUUGGAACGAAGUAAAAUUGUUUCAACAGACAGACUGCGGCGAGAGAGAGAAGGCAAACCAUGUUUCAUUCGCUGACUAAGAUUCGGUAGUGUUAGGAAAUGAUUUAGCCUGUCUGAUAGGAGUGGACAUGCCCCUCUCGGUAUGCGCUGCAGAAGACUUUAAUAAGAAAAGGAAAAUAUAACAAAUCAUUUAUUCAAUCUUUUCGAAAUCAUUUCCCCUCUGCUGUGGGUCUGGUGGACUGAAUAGGACCCGAGCCACCAGGACCAGGCUUCCUCGGCAGUGCUAGUGAUUAUGGAUAGCAGUCUCCCCAGCUACAGUACAGUCAUACACCGAGGAACGACGCUGUUUCUGGAGGCUCGACUCCUGGGUGGGGCGCCCUGGGGGUUUCAGCUCAAAGGAGGUCUUGAACAUGGAGAAGAGUUGAUCGUCUCGAAGGUUGAGGGAGGUGGGAAGGCAGACCUGUUGGAACACCCCCUGUUGCCAGGUGACCAGGUGGUUGUCAUUAACGACGUGGAGCUCAGUGGAUUCAGGCAGGAAGCCAUCUCAUUGGUCAAAGGAUCCUACAAGACUCUUAGACUCACUGUUCGCAGGGAGUCCUUCCCAGGCCCCUGCUGUGAUGAACCCACCCCUCUGACACUACCUUCCAUCGCCCCUCCCUUGGACCACCUCACCCCCCCCUCCAGCCACGGACCCCCGAAGGAGACCCGUGGAGGAUGUUCUGGAGGAGUUAAACUACGCAUCAAGAACAGACGCAGUGAGCCCGUCUCCAGACCACACUCGUGGCACUCCACCAAACUAGGCGAGGGCCAGCCAGACCCAAGCAUGGUGCAGAUAUCCCAGGGCACCAUAGACCCUCCCUGGCAUCACACAUUCAACUCCAGUGCGUCCACUACAGACCUGUCAGGUUACGACCCAGGUUACCUGAGGAAGAGUCCAGACCAGUACAGUUCUAGAGGAAGUAUGGAGAGCCUUGGGGAGCACCACGGCCACCCAGCCUACAGUUCUUCCUGCCACCAGCUGUCUGCCUCCAAGUCCUCCAACAGCAUGGACCACCUUCACAGCAAAAGGGACUCAGCCUACUCCUCCUUCUCUACCAGCUCUAGUAUCCCAGAGUACCUAGCGGCCGCUCCGACCUUUAGUAAGGAGAGGUCAUACUCCAUGGAGACAGUUCCACAGAGGGGUGGGGUUAGCGGAGGAGGGGGAGGGGCCGUGGCGGAGGGCAUGCAGCAUGCUGACAUCCGAUACAUCCGUACGGUCUACGACCCCCAGCAGGGAGGUGCCCAAGAGCACGAGGUCAGCUCCGCUGCGUUGCUACGCAACCACGAGGCCGGCAGGGCGGGUUCUCAUAGUGGGGGCAAGGCCUCCUGUCACCGCGGCAGUAGUAGCUGUAGUAACAGCAGUGGCGGAAGCAACGGUGGUGCUAACCAUGGUAAUAACCCCAAACGACACAGCGUUGGACCAAUCUGGGGUCAGUCUCAAUCCGCCAGCCGCAGUUCCUAUGAAAGCCUGAAGGGGGUGCCGGCUCCUCCCAUGCGGAGUGACAGCUACGCGGCGAUCAGGCACCACGAGAGGCCCAAUUCCUGGUCCAGCCUGGAGCAGACUCGCUCCCUCAGGGCUCUCCACAAGGGGUCCACCUCCUCCUGGUACCACUCCUCUGGCUCCGUGGCCUCCGGCUCGGGGAAGUGCUCUUACGGGGCCGAGGGCCAGCUCCACACCGUCAUAGAGAAGAGUCCUGAGAGCAGCCCCACCAUCAAGCCCAAACAGGGCGUGGGUCAAGUCCCCCAGCCCCCUCAGCCCCAGAAUACAUCUGGCCGCCUCAUGUCGCCUCAGGGCAUCUACCCCGUGCCCCCUCCGGAGACCCACUAUGCACAGAUGCCCACCAGCAGCCCCAGCCCCAGCAGUGUGUACCCAGGCCUGGCCAGGGAGAGCAGUCUGAGCAGACAGAGAGAGCUCCAGGGGUUAGGGGUGGGGGUCAGUGUGGAUACAGGGAUCGAGGUAUCUGUAGAGAACGGAUACCAAAGCAACACUUUCAACUCUUAUGUCACCCGUUCCAACCAGCCUCAGCAUCAUGACUUAGCUCCGCCUCCAACCAAACAGCCAGCCCAGCCUGUUAACAGAGGGGGUGACAGAGGACAUGAGGAGACCCAAACCAAACUGGAUCUCUCCGGGUCUCAUUUGAAGGGGGAGGGACAAACCGUCUCCCGAAGGCAGAGCCAGCAGGGUCAUGGACAGGGUCAGGUGUACAGACCCUCCUCAGCCCAGUCCGUAGGCCAGGAGAGGAGGGACCCAUACACUCCAGUCCAGCCGCGGAGAGAGAGGCUACCCAGGUAUUCCCAGGGCUCAGAGAGUUACACUGAGAAGCAUCAGGUCAGACACACUGAACACAGCCAUCCAGACCCUCAGCCUCCCACUACCAUGCCCACUAAGAUAUCCAAGGUCCACGUUCCUCAGCGGAUCAGGACUAGCAGUACCCCAGCCAAAGGGCCUGAUCAUCGGGUCAACAACCAGAGGUCCAGGUCCCCCAUCCGGCACUACAGCGACCCCAGUCCACCCCAUCACCAGAAGAACCAGAGGGGACCAGAGCACCCCCUGACCCGGCUAGAGAAUGCCCUAGCGGAGGUUCAGCGUUGUGCCAGUCCAGAGAGCUCCACUAGGAGUCGGAGCAGCCACCAGAGGAACCCGUCUGUCCUGGAGAAGGUAAACCGGUUUGAGCGCCACGAGCAGAGGAAGCAGAGGAGUCAAAGCAUCAAUGCCACCCACACCAACCUGGGACCCUCCUCCUCCUCCCGUCCAACUCAGCCCCAGCCUCAGCCCAAGCACCAUGAGAGGGCCAUGAGCUAUGGUACUGGAAUGGAUGACCUGCGUAACAUGCUGGAGAGAAGCAGCAGCCCCAGCAGCACCUGCAGAACACUGAGCUCCACCUCUAGCGCACAUCAUGGGAAAACUACGGUGGCCCACAAGGGUCAUCAUUACGCAGAGCAGCAGAGGCCAGGAAGUUAUGACCACGCCAAGCCCCAGACCUCCAGGGACCCCCACCACCAGCCUAACCCCAUGGACCCUAACCCUGGCUCGGCCCUACAGAGGAGCAGGAGCACCUUCCAACUGGGGAGCCAGGAGGAGAACGGCCAUGACAGGGACAGAGAGUUCCAUUGGAGGGAUGACCUGCAGGACCUACUGGGGACCAUCCAGGACACGUCUUUUAACCGGGCCUACAGGGACAGUAUCAAGGACGCCCAGUCCAAGGUGCUCCGAUCCACCUCCUUCAGACGCAGGGAACUGGGAAUCAGCUCCAGCUCUAACCAGAGCUCCAACAACCCCCCUCCUGGUGUCAACAACAACCCCCCUCCUGUAGUCAACAACAACCCCCCUCCUGGUGUCAACAACAACCCCCCUCCUGUCCCCGCUAAGCACUUAUCCUUGGAGCGGAAGGCAGUGGCCCCCAAGACCGGUCCCAAAUCCUCCAUUGUCACCACCACUGUCCCAGCCUCCGCCCCAGCCACUCCCCUGUCCCCUCACACCCCCAAAGAGAGGCACACGAUCACGACCCCAGACCCAGUCCCAGCCCCAACCACCUCUCCCUCCCCUCACACCCCCAAAGAGAGGCACGUUGUCACCCCCAAGCCCGAGAGGUUCAGCCCCCAGAGCUCCGGUGUCCCAGCCUUGGGCCCACCAGUCCCGGCCCGAAUCGGUGGGCGUAAGAGGCUCACCAUGGAGCAGAAGAAGAGAUCGUACUCUGAGCCAGAGAGCAUGCACGAGGUGGGGUUAGAGUCUGACCCGAGGAGGAGUGCCCAGCACCAGCAGAUCCUGUUCCAAGGCACAGAGACCAGCGUGGCAGACCGCAGGAGGAUGUUUGAGGUGGCAACCAGUCGCAGCCUGAGCUCCAGCUCCCAGGCUCCUCAGGCCCUCCAGGGCUCCCGGGCUGGUCUAGCCGUCUCCCGGCCGGAGCUCUGGCAGCUGCAGCAGGAUGCCCUGGCCGACUACAUGGAGAGGAAGAGAGGCUGGAGGACAGACAGGGACAGGGACAGGUCCGAGGAGAGACUGCAUCGUCACCGGCCCCACAGUGCCUACCUCCAGCCCUUCACAGACACCCAGAGUGUCUCUUCCACCUCCACCACCAGCCUAGCCUCUCUCCAGGAUCUGUUUGGCCCAGAAAGGAGCCUGUCUGGUGAGGAAAGGCUCUGCUCCACCCUGCCUCCUGGUCUGCAGCUCCAGGACAGUAUCUACCCAGGCAGGGUGACCACACCACACAUCCAUGCCCAGGCCCCCACCUCAGUCUCCACCUCCCACCAACACCCCACUGGAUUUGGAUCCAACAGGCCUCUGGAGGGAGUCCCAGCCAAGGCCUACGAGGCUUUCCGGAGCCAGCGAGGCGAUGUGGCCUUUGAAAGAACGGCUCCAGCCAGCAGCUCUGGGAAGUCCGCCUCAGCGGAGGAUCUUCUAGAACACUCUGAGGAGAGGCCUGCACCACAGCACUUCAGAUCCCACUCCUCGCCCUCUGUAGAGAGGCUCAACCAGGACUUCAUGACAGGAGGAGAUCUGAGGAUGUUUCCGGACUUCUCUAAUGAACCCCAGCUGUUCACACACCAUGACAACAACAGGUCCAUGGACAAGCAGCGUUUAAAGUGUCCUGUCUCAGCCUCCCAGUCCCAGUAUGUGCCCACCCACUACCUGCUGAAUCAGGGUCCUUCCCAAAGCAACACCCCUGUGAUGAGGAGAGAGAGGCAGAGGAACCCCGACCGCCAGCGGGCCCUUAGUGCCUCCGGCCUGGCUGCCUCUGUAGGUCUACCCUGCCCCUUCUCCUCCCCAGGCACCAGCCCCAACACUAGCCUUGACUGGCAGGUCAGCGAGAGGUUAAGCCAGGGAAACCUGGAUGCCAUCGCCUUCCCCUGCCUGUUGCAGGUUGACGCUCCCAGAGCAGUGUCCCCAGAGACCAGGUGGAGCCCCACAGCACAUCAGGGCCAGAACCAAGAUCUGCAGACCAGGACCAGACUGGGCUCAUCAGACACCAGCACCUCAGAGGAGACCCUGAAAGACUUCCCCAUAGAGAGUUCUGUACCAAAGAACAUCCUACCCCUGGUCAUACCUGAGACCUCUCUAACCCCACCUCCUCCUAAAACCUCUCCCAGACCACACCCCCUGCUCUCCCUCCGCAUCUCAGAGUCCAACCUGCAGGAGACCCCACCCUUACACAUAGCCUCGCCCACACAGGUAGUCCCUCCAAUAGUCUCCUUACAGGACUAUGACGAGGUGUUCCUCCAGGAGCUGGCCCCUCCCUCCCCUCCUCCUCCCCUCCCCAUCAGGGAGACGGACAUCACAGAGGACUUCCCUCCUCCUCCUCCUCUCCUCCUCCUCCUCCCCUCCUCCUCCUCACCCCCAGACAAAGAGGAGCAUCGUCCUGAGCUACAGCACUUCAACAGCUGUGAGUUUCUGGAGGCUGUGCGUCCAGAGAGAAGACCAUCUAUCUCCUCCCCUUCCCCUCAGACAGUCCCCCUCUCUAUCCCCCAGCCUGAGACUCCGACCCACCAGACCCCCAUCGACCCCAGCAGCAGUAUCCCAGAUCCCCAGCAGGGGCCUAGCGGUAAGGAAAGCCUGGGGUUAGAGUACCAUCUCCUGGCCAGGAGGGAGAGGUCUGCUGGGGAGCUGAAGGUGGAAGCCCUGGUCAGACAGCUGGUGUCCCGGGGGGAUAAGACCCUGAGCCCGAUGCUGGACACCUGGCCCGGGGGCGGACGGACCAGCACCAUGGACCUGAUGGAAGAGAUCUUCCCCGCUGGGGGAGGGAGGUUGCCGUGGCAACGCCGUAGGAGCAGCACCUGGCUGGAGGACAGAAGUCAAGAUGGCGUCUGUUCUACAGGACCUAGUCUGCUGCAGAAAACAGAGGAGGGAAGAGGAAUAGAUCUGGAUGAGGAAGAGGCAGACCUCAAUCAGAAAAAGGUGGAGCUACUCCAGGCUCUGACCCUUAGCGUUGCCUCACUCCGAGAGGAGAGAGAGGUUCUGGGUGAGGAGCAGAGGAGGUUCCGGGCCCUAGGGGGCCACAUGGAGAGCCUGGUCCAGGAGCGCUGUAAGCCCAACGAGAAGGAGAAGUACAGGAUGUUCAUUGGGGACCUGGAUAAGAUAGUCAACUUGUUGAUGUCUCUGUGUGGCCGGCUGGCCCGGGUCCAUAACGCUCUCUACGACCUGGACAGAGAGGAGGAGACAGAGGACAGCGCAGAGGAGAGGGAGUCCUUACAGCAGAAGCGCAGGCAGCUGUGUAGUCAGCACGAGGAUGCCAGGGAGCUGAAGGAGAAUCUGGAUCGUCGGGAGCGUGUGGUUCUGGACAUCCUGGGUGGGUACCUGACCGGGCCGCAGCUAAGAGACUACCAGCAUUACGUCUGUAUGAAACCUGCCCUCCUGAUCCGACAGAGACACCUGGACGAGCUCAUCAAGCAGGGGGACGAGCAGCUUGACAGGCUGAUAGAGAGUAUCUCUCCUGGGGACCACCAGGCCUUGCUCUGCUGCUCCUCCAACCCAGGGUUAGGCCCCAGGGGUCCCAGUCCUAACCUUGGUCCUACCCAUACUGUCCGCUCCGUCACUGUAACAUCCCUGUGACUCCUGUAAAACCCCAAACAUAACAGUCCUGGUCACUACCACGAUACAGCAGCUGUGUCUCUGGCGCAAUGGGUGAAGACUACUACAUACAACACAUAUGUCUGACGAAUGACGCCGCAAAACAACAGAUGAAGAGUAGACGGAGACAGCAUCUCUCUUCCCAUGUAGAGAUGAACUGUAGAGAAAGGGACUUCAUGUGAAGGAUGUCACCUGUCUGUUCCCUUGUUUUGCGUACAGACAGACAAACUAUGAGAAGUGACCAUGAUGGAUAUGUUGUCGUGCCUCUUAUCAUAUUUCUGCCUUCUUUGUUACUCCAGCUUCUUCACAUAUCUCUGUUGUGACUGCGCCACUCUUUGGUUGAUUUAAUACACGGUUCAAGUGCCUAGUGUAAUUCAAAAUAUUACUACUGCCUUUACACAUCACUACAGCUGAGAACUCUGUUUUGGCAGGUUAACUACUGAUUGGUCAGAAUCACAGAUCUAGAAUGACUUGUAUAUCUCAUUCUGUUCCUAUUGGUCAGGAGGAACCAGACCUGAAAUAGGCCUGUUUUCUUUAGCAACACAACAGCACGCUCUGACACACAUGAAUAUGUAGCCACAAAAUUGAAGGCUUUUUAUUUUAUUUUUAAUUUUUACUUCAAAUACUUAUAUUUCAGACUCAAAAAAUUAUCGCUAAUGGAAAAAAAAGCUACCAUGACACUGACAGCAAAUGCAAUAAUUAUUUAUAUUAUUUUAUUAUGUGGCUGUGCUUUUUAAUAUGUAGAUGGAGAAAAAAAACAUGUUAUAUAUAUUUUUUCAACGGAAAAAAUGAUGGAAUGAGGCAAGUUGACAGUGGGCGUUCUAACUGACCUCUGGUCACAUGGUCUUCCUCUGAUACAAGGCGGCGUCCUUCAUGAUGACCAGGCUUCUAGGAAGUAAAUCAGAUGUUACUCGGGAAUGUUGUUGCCCAGUAAGUACAUGCAUACUGUGGGUGGAGCUAUCUCAUUGGGCCGCGGUAAUCACUUCGUAGGGAUAUCUGGGUAAAAAAAUAGAGAAGGUUGAAAUAUUGUAGGUUGGUACUGUCAGUUCAUGUGUGACAUGCCUACCAUUUAAACAUUGUCUGACGACUCCUGUGUGACUUGCUUGUUUCACUUCUCAAAAAAAAUGUACUAUGCCAUUUGAUAUUGUUGUAUCCUUUUGAGAGCACCUUUUAAACAUCUACAGACUAUCCUAAUCGGGCACAUAUUCAUGAAUAUACUGUAUCAGGCACAUAUUCAUGAAUAUACUGUAUCAGGCACAUAUUCAUGAAUAUACUGUAUCAGGCACAUAUUCAUGAAUAUACUGUAUCAGGCACAUAUUCAUGAAUAUACUGUAUCAGGCACAUAUUCAUGAAUAUACUGUAUCAGGCACAUAUUCAUAAAUAUACUGUAUCAGGCACAUAUUCAUGAAUAUACUGUAUCAGGCACAUAUUCAUGAAUAUACUGUAUCAGGCACAUAUUCAUAAAUAUACUGUAUCAGGCACAUAUUCAUGAAUAUACUGUAUCAGGCACAUAUUCAUAAAUAUACUGUAUCAGGCACAUAUUCAUGAAUAUAUAUCACCACUGUUGUCCACAUACAUCUGAAGAUGGCUGAUAUGUAAAUGUUUGUCCCAGCUAUCUCACUAAUGUAGUGACCUUGCUAUCUUACUGAUGUAGUGACCUAGCUAUCUCACUAAUGCAGUGUCCUAGCUAUCUCACUAAUGCAGUGUCCUAGCUAUCUCACUAAUGCAGUGUCCUAGCUA